CGCCCUUGAUGCUGGGGCUAGUUCUGACAAAGAGCAUGGCGUUCCAGCAGAUGUUUCCCAGCAUGAAGUAUUGAGCCAGCAGGUGCAUGGACUUCCACCAUGAGGACCACACUGUUUUCCUCUGGUCAGCCUCCAGCGGCGCCUCGACCAGCACCAGGUAGCUCACCUCCCCGGUAAUGGAGAAGACCAGGAAGGUGUUGAGGACCACGGGGAGGUGGUAACACAUCUUCUCCACCUUGCCAAACAUCUUGGUGGCGUAGCUCGUCAUGUCUUCCGGUUGUGUACACUUCUUAAUGGAAUGACUGGUUUGACAGACGCGCCGUGGUGGUGGUGGUGGUGGUGGUAGUAGUACUUGUAGUAGUAGGUAGCAAUCUUAAUUCCCAUCCAACAUAGAUCGGCACGGGAGGGACGAUACUAUAUUUGGUAAUGGGUCGUUGGACAAACUAUUUUAACGGCAAAUAUUAAGUUAACAAUAAUAUCUCAUAUUUCCUUGUGAAAACCUGUCUAUCGUUUCUGCUGCGGCUGGACCGAGGCAGAUGUUGCGACGUCCCAUCCGGGCUAGCCUGCUACACCACCGUAAGCGGAACAAUUUAAAAAAAUGUAUAUUUCUUUCAUUAACGUGGAAAACAAUGCCCAUACAGGAUGACUUUCAAAGAUAUUCACCGCAAUGACAAGUGUUGAAAAUGUAAAAAAAUAAAAAUGUACAAAAUCGUAAGACUCGGAAAUGGUUUCUGCUAGCUGUGUUACAUAAAAAUACGGCCGCAGUGCAACUGUUCCAUCUUUUAUUCGUGACGGUCCCAAGCAUAACACAGUCCAGUAGUGAAAGACUACAGUAAAUUGGACAUUGCUCAACAUGUAGAGAUGUAUUAUAUGAAUUUACGUUUUAAUGCUGGUUUUUCUGCCUCUGCUCCCUCCCCCAAAGCCACCUUAAUCCCUGUUAAUCUCUUGUGGGCCACUGAAAGUCUGCAGCCAUGGCGAAACCGAAGGAUAAUUUACUGUCAUUUGGUUGUCUGAAUGGCACAAAUGUAAACAUUUAUAGAAAUCAGAGAGGAAAUGCUCACAAAAAGAGUUUCCAGAAGUCAAUUGUGUUACCAUAUGACUUUUCAACUGAGAGGCACCAAGAGCUUAGAAUGAUGCGUCUGCAACAGCGCUGGCAGGAGUUAAAGGGCAGAGAGCGUGCGGCCCGGCAUCACAACAAAGAGCUGCUGCAGCAGUUUGACAGAGCUCAAGACACGCUGAGAGAGAUGGUGUCUGCUACCGCUGCCAUGAAAACCAUUCGGUUGGAGUACGAGCACUAUUUGGAGGAGAACUCCCCCUAUUGGCAGAAACAACUCAAGGAGAAAACAGAAGCUCAUCACAGGAUGACACAACCGAAGCAUCUGUGCACCCAGUCAGCCCACGAUCCCAUCCCUGGUUCCAUAAUCCCUCCAUCUAUACCAACGUUUCUUCAGCACUUCAUUGCUCCUCCAUCACGUCCCCAGUGCUGGCCUGUGCAAAAGGCACCAAACUGGGCUUCCAAUCAGGAUGACAGCCGCUGGUCCUCUACUGGGAUAUCCUCAUGUUCUGACGAUCUGCAUGGUCAUCUCUACAUUAAGGAAUCCCCAACACAGGGUGCUGGGACAAGCAGCAGCAGCUCUAGUAGAAAGAGUAGUCAUUUAUUACAGGAGCUUGACGUUCAGCCAGUCCGUCUAUCCAGUCAGCAUGCAGAAAGUGUAGGAAGCAGCAGUACAGAAUCGAGACAGGUGAAGAGCGAGAAGAGGAGCAAGAAAGGAAGCACCUCUUCAGAGAGGCACGGCUCUCAGGAACCAUCCAGGAGGUCUUCAGCUCCAGUGGCUCACACGUCUGAAAGUGAAUCCUCAUCACCCAAAGGCAGCACCGGCAGGAGGAAGAGGAGGAACGUCAGGGGGCUCAUGGCUGGAUCACCAAAGCCAAAGAGUGAAAGUUCAAAGAGUCAUUCUCUCAGUGAGUGCACAUGUGAAGACGCAAGGAGUCAGACACAUUUGAACCAAUCGGGAAGCAGCGGAGAUGAUUCGGGGUCGAACAGCGGAAGCAAAAAAGUUGUGAAAGACAAGGCACAUGACGAAGAACUAAGUAAGGAAGAAGACAGUGGUGAGGAUGAAGAGCUGGAGGGAAAGGAAGAAGAGAGCAGAGAGGAGGCGUCUGAAAGAAGUGAAACGACAGAGGAUGAAGAGACAUCACCGGAGGAUGAGAAGGAAGAAGAUGGUGACGACUGUUCAGAAAAGACGAACAAAAAGAGAAAACCAGAUUCAGUUUCAUUGCAGGAUGAGGAAGAAGACGAGAGUGUAGAAGAGGUGGACGAGGAGUCUGAUGAAGAGGAGGUCUGUGGCGAGCCAACGAGUGAGGAGAAAGCAGAAGAGGCGCAGGAGGAGAGCGACUCAGAUGACAGCAUCAUCUCACCUCCACAGAACAAACCUGAGGUGCACGUUAUCCCUGAAGAGGCUUCCGACGGGAAGGAGGAAAGCAGAACAGCAACAUCUGAUGAAGACUCGAGUGACGUUUUUGAUGAUGAUAUAGAGAAUCUCCUUGCACCUCAACACGCAGCAAAGAAAAGAGUAGAAACUGACGUGAAAUCGGAAGAGGAACACAAAGCAUCUUGCAACGUGAACAUUUUUCGAGUGAAAACAGAUCAGCAGAUCGACUCUGAUGAGUUUGACCAUUUUUAUGACUGAUCUACCUCAUACCAGAAGGACCUACAGUACCUCUGAUGUUACAGCAGGGAAGGGAGGGACCCCGCAGCCCACAAGACCAUCUCACUGGGCCCAUCAACCAAUUGUAACAACAAAUAAAACCUCUGAGAAAUUGUUGUAAUAAGUCUAAAAAUAUAUAACAGAGAAUUGGAAGAUCUGGGUUCAAAUCUCUGUUGGGCAUCUCUAUAUGGAGUUCGCAUGUUCUCUCUUCUGUGUGUGUUUUGUCCGGGUGGUUCGGCUGCCAUAAAUAUGCAUGUUGGUUUCAUUGGCGACAGGUAAGAAUGGGACUAUGAAUGUUUUUUUGGAUGUGCCCUGCGGUUGGCUGGCGACCAGUCCAGGGUGUACCCUGCCCCCACCCAAAGUCCUGCACACCGCCGCCACCCAAAUGAGGAUUAAGCGAGUAAUACAUGUUGAAAUCUAUGUUCACACACACAGGCCGUUGUUUCAUGUUUCACUGGCUGCACCAUUGGGUACACCCGCAACAUGAUAUCAAAGAUCCUUCAUUUAAAGAUAUUUAUUGUGAAAAAAAAAAAAAAAUUUAAAAAGUGUUCAUCAUUAUUGUUGUCAUUUGGACUUGGACUUUUUGAUACAGCUCUUGUAUUUGAUCGUUAGAUUAGAUUGUUGGAGCCAAAGAGUAUACGUGUCACAUACUAAAUUGUUGUAGAUUUAUUGCUGCUGUAACAAAAUACAGCAUCAACACAUCAUAGUAUGUACUGUAUAACUAUAAUCACACCACCACAUGUAUUUGUACAAAAGUAAACCAGUUGGGUUAUGGUGCAUAUUUCAUAUUAGUUUGCCAGUAGAGGCAAAUAUUAAGGGCCAGGUGGUUGCAGGUUGUUAAGUACACAUAAUUUUUUGUGUCCUUAUUUCUGGUUAAACCUUCACCACCUGAGCCGCCAAACACGGACCGACUCGCUUCUUGUCGUCUGAUGAGGCUGUGCGCUGAAUCAUCAGCCUGCUGUAGGUCCCGCCCACUUGGCCUUUGGUCAGACGUCCAGGAUUAAUGCAUACGCAGCCAAUCACAUCCUGCAGGAGUGAUAUUUAAAUGGAUAAACCAUCCACAAAGAAGGAGGAGGAGG